AUCCUGAUGUCAGCUGUCAUAGUCCAGGUGGGGUUCAGAGAUUUUCCUCUAACCUGGAAUCAGCUGCCGCAAACGCAUGAACAGCUGGGCAGUGACCCAGUAACCAGUGAGCCAGGCGGGUACCCCCAGGUACCUGCCCACCAGACAUUCAAGCACUACUUGGUUGAAUACCCAUCUGAAUACCACUUUGUCAUCAACCAGCCGCGGAAAUGCCAGCAACAGAACCCGUUCCUGGUGCUGAUGGUUCCGGUGGCACCCCAAAAUAGGGCGGAUCGAGAUGUUAUCCGCUCCACCUGGGGCAGCGAGCGUGUGGUGCUGGGCAAAGCGGUGAGUUUGUUCUUCUUGCUGGGACAGCCCACGGUGGACGGGGCGGACCAAAUCCAACAGCAGGUGCGGCAGGAGAGCGAGGAGAAACGGGACCUGCUGCAGGCCGACUUCCUGGACUGCUACAAGAACCUCACCAUCAAGACCAUGGUGAUGUUGGAGUGGCUGGACGCCCACUGCUCAACGGCCUCCUACGCCAUGAAGAUCGAUUCAGACAUGUUCCUUAAUCUGCAGAACCUGGUUAAAAUGCUGCUAAACGCUCCAAAGGAAAACUACAUGACAGGGCUGGUCGCACAAGGAGCGUCUGUGCUGAGACAACCAACAUCUAAAUGGUUCCUACCGGCGGACCUGUUCCCCGAGUCCCAAUACCCACCCUAUGCUCUGGGCCUGGGCUACAUCCUAUCUUUAGACCUCACUACAAAGCUGGUGGAGGCAUCCAGACACGUUAAAGCUCUCUACAUUGAAGAUGUGUAUCUGGGCCUGUGUAUGAGGUACCUUCAUAUUUUGCCCACCAACCCCAAAGACUGGAACUGGUUUCAUGUCUUUCCUCUGGCUUACAGUCGCUGUGCUUACUCUAAAAUAAUAGCCACCACAACGGCCAGCGAGACAGAUCGAGUGAGUAUUUGGAAAGACUUUAAAAGACCGGGACCCUUCUGUGGAUAGAGGAGAAUUUAUAAACAGGGGAACGUGAAGAUGUGACCACAAAAUAAAGGCGGAAGACAGUUUCUGACCUCAGAAGAGAGAAUCUCUUACAUUCAGGGACUUCCAAACAGCUAAUUAUAGGGGAGUGCUGGGACUGCAAGCAGCGGGCCACGGCCACAGACAGGAGGAGAGACCGGUGGAGCUGCAUGGUGUGAGGUCAAUGCCAGUGUCUUGCAGUUAAUGACGGAUGAGCAGCUGAGGAACUAUUUGCCUUCUUAUGGAGACCGUUUGGCAGCGAUGGGGUACUGCAGGAGGCAGGAAGCAUCGUGCAUGUGAACAGAGUUGGGACGC